AUGGUUCGGCGAUGGCUGACGAUGGCUGCGCUGUUCAACGGCGUCCUCACGAAGCAAGACGAGCCCAUGCCGAUCGCAAACCUCUCCGGCAGCCGCAGCUGCGAGGUUCGCUUCAGCGCGUGCGGCGGCGGCGGCGGCGCGACCCUUGCCUUCGAGGAGGGCAUGCGCCUUGCGCUCGGCUUCGACUUUCUCCGCGCACGCGAGGCGUUUGAGCGGUGCGAAUUGCUCGCGCCAUCGUGCGCCAUGUGCCACUGGGGUGUCGGCUGGUCACUCGGCCCCACCCUCAACCACGCCCUCAAGCCUCCACUCUCGCUCGCCGCCGCACGAGCUGCCGCCUCUCGCGCGGCAGAGCUGCUCCCGCCGCACGUGCCCGGCAACAGCACGCAGCUGCUCCCGCCCAGCGCACGCGAUAGCAGCUUGCGCGACGCGGCGGCGGGCUGGUGGCUGGUGCGCGCUCUCGCGGUCCGCUACGCCGCCAACGCCACCAACGCAGCAGCGACCGUUGUCCAGCGCAUCGCGUAUGCCGAGGCGAUGGAGGCGGCGGCGCGCGCGGAGAAAUCGCACUCGCUCGUGCGCUACCUGGCGGCGGACGCGUGGAUGAACGUGGCGCCGUGGGACUAUUGGGCAAGCGACCGGAGGCAGACCUGCCGGCGGGCACUAGGGCGCGGCCGCACGCGGCGCGCGCCAAAGCGCACCUGCUGGCGACGCUUGCCCUCGCACCGGGGCACCCAGGCGGCCUGGCACCUCCCUCUCCUCCGCCUCGCCUCGUCCUACUCCCUCGACGGUGCGGCGGACGCGUUGCGUGGGCUGUGCCCGGACGCGCCGCACUUGCUCCACAUGCCGUCGCACAUCGACAUGCGCCGCGGUCGCUUCGAGGCGUGCGUGUCAUGCAACUCGGCGGCGGCGGCGAGGCCGCUCGUCGAGCAGGUCUACCCGGAGCACAACCUCGAGUGCGCCCGGAUGGCGGGAGACCGAGCCGCCGCCGUGCGUUCCGGCGACGCCGUCGCGGAGUUCGCAAGGCGUGGGCUGCUCGUGUCUGCGCACUCGGCCGACCUCAACAGCUAUGAGCGAUACCUCGCCGCGCCCGCGCUGACGGACGUCUACUUUCGCGACUGGGACGCGGCGCUGCACCGGCCGCCGCCCCGCGCCGGCCUGCACUACGCGCGCGCGGCGUCGCUGUUCGCUCGCGGCAUGGCGCUCGCGCACACGGGUCGCAACAAGGAGGCGAUCUCCGCCCUCCUCGAGCUGCAGGCCGAGUCGCGCCGCCUCACCCCGCUCGAGCACGGCAGGCUCGUCCUCCUCUCCCGCCGUCUAGCGGCGGUGCGCCUCCAAGACGCGAUGGGCUACGACGAGCCGCCCUCGCUCUACGCCUCGCGCCGGCCGGCGCUGGCGCUCGCCGUCCUCGAGGUGGGGGAGGACCGUGCCGGAUUGCCCGCGCGAGCCGCCGCCGCCGCGAUCCUCCGCGAGGAGCUGAGUCGGCUCCCGCGCUCGCCAGAGGCGCUAGGCCUCUGUGCCGAGGCGCGUUUGUCAUGCUCGGCGGACGCGGACGCCGCUCUCCUCUCAGCGCUACGGAGCGCCGCUUCGCCCGAGCGCGUCGCGGUCGCGGCGAUCGUUGCGGCUUUUGCGGCGGUCGCUAUCCUCGCGGCCGCGAUCGCUGCCCGCGCCUUGCCAUUGGCAUGGCGACGCCGACGGGGGGCGGGUCCGGAUGGCCAGCGGGCCGGAAGCCCGCCGCACGGGCCAGGAAAGUGGGGUCAGUUGCUUAUGCUUUGA